CCCGAAAAACUUUUAUUCUCUGGGGCCCACCAGAGUGUGUGAAGGAAUUGGAGCAAUUGGCCGUCUCCUUGCUCCCUGGCAGCGACGACUGAAGAGACGUGCAUCCCUCUCUUGCUGGGCUCUGGAACCCCCGAGCCUCCUCACCUGCUGAUCGCUCCCCGGAGCCGCGAGGAGGCACCCCGGAGGGGCCGCGCGGGCGCCGGCGCCCCCGAACUCUCCCGCUCACCGCGGCAGACCUGCCCGGCGCAACUUUAACUUGAUUCCAAUCACUCAUCACGGGCAUCCGCAGCUGCUACCGCUGCUGCCGCUGCUGUCGCCGCUACGGCCGCGAUCUCACAAAGAGGCUCAAAGAAAAGAGGCGAGGCGGCUCGGGUGGCAGAAAACGGCUUCUGGGCCGCUGACGCGGCGAGACAAAAGGGAAACUGCCUCUGCUCGCGCUGCGGGUUAGGAGCAGCCUGCCAGUCCGCCUCCCGGCCGGCCCGGUGAGCCUCCUGCCCCCACCCUUGGGCGCUGCUCCGCCUCCCUCCCCGCGGUUUGUCCCCGCAGUCUCCCGGACCGACGAGCCUUCCGGGCGCGCGUAGCUGCUGGUCGUUGGGGCUCUAGCGAUAAUAAAUGAUAGAGGAUACAAUGACUUUGCUGUCUCUGCUGGGUCGCAUCAUGCGCUACUUCUUGCUGAGACCGGAGACGCUUUUCCUGCUGUGCAUCAGCUUGGCGCUUUGGAGUUACUUCUUCCACACCGACGAGGUGAAGACCAUCGUCAAGUCCAGCCGGGACGCGGUGAAGAUGGUGAAGGGCAAGGUAGCCGAAAUCAUGCAGAACGAUCGACUCGGGGGGCUUGAUGUGCUGGAGGCCGAGUUUUCCAAGACCUGGGAGUUCAAGAGCCACAACGUGGCCGUGUACUCCAUCCAGGGCCGGAGAGACCACAUGGAGGACCGCUUCGAAGUUCUCACGGAUCUGGCCAACAAGACACACCCGUCCAUCUUCGGGAUCUUCGACGGGCACGGGGGAGAGACUGCAGCAGAAUACGUAAAGUCUCGACUGCCAGAGGCCCUGAAACAACAUCUUCAGGACUACGAGAAAGACAAGGAAAACAGCGUCCUGUCCUACCAGACCAUCCUCGAGCAGCAGAUUCUGUCCAUUGAUCGGGAGAUGCUAGAAAAGUUGACUGUGUCUUACGACGAAGCAGGCACGACAUGUUUGAUCGCUCUACUGUCAGAUAAAGACCUCACUGUGGCCAACGUGGGGGACUCAAGAGGGGUCCUAUGUGACAAAGACGGGAACGCCAUUCCUUUGUCUCAUGACCACAAGCCUUACCAACUAAAGGAGCGAAAGAGGAUAAAAAGAGCUGGUGGUUUCAUCAGUUUCAAUGGCUCCUGGAGAGUCCAGGGAAUCCUGGCUAUGUCUCGGUCGCUGGGGGAUUAUCCACUGAAAAACCUCAACGUUGUCAUUCCUGACCCAGAUAUCCUGACCUUUGACCUGGACAAGCUCCAGCCUGAAUUCAUGAUCUUGGCAUCCGAUGGCCUCUGGGAUGCUUUCAGCAAUGAAGAAGCUGUUCGAUUCAUCAAGGAGCGUUUGGAUGAACCUCACUUUGGGGCCAAGAGCAUAGUUUUACAGUCAUUUUACAGAGGCUGCCCUGACAACAUAACAGUCAUGGUGGUGAAGUUUAGGAAUAGCAGCAAAACAGAAGAGCAGUGAAUCCUUCUGGGGUCUCUGCUGCCCUAGAUUAAAGGACUUUCAACACGUGGUCUCUUUUAGUAUAGUGAAAGGUGUGGGAGUUGUAAUUAGGAUCAUCCAUCCCAGAUAUGGAAUUCCCCCCUCCCUGGUGGUCUUAAGUCCACACUCAGUGGGGAACAGAGGGUGCUCUUGGCCAACGCAGUUGACAGGCUGGAAAGUGGUUUCUUCGUGUUUUCCUGACUUGCUUAUCCAAUGUCCGAAGUGUAUAAAUAGCUGUAGAAUCAUGUGUAGGAAGUGAAUGGCACACACACCUUGUAGUCUCCCUUUUAAGAUUCUUUUCAAGAUCCUGCCUAGGGUCCUCCAGGCAUCAGCCAUUGUGUCCUCCCAGCACUGCAAGAGACAGGCUGCCAUGUCCGCUGUGAGUGGUGACGUGCCCUCCGCAGAGAGGCGGGGCUGGCCUAAGGAAGCAGGGGGUGGUGAGAGGUCAGGGGCAGCCGCCUACACGGAGAAAUAACCCUUUUCCUCACUGCCUUCAUUAGUUAAAUAGACUUUGUAUGCCCCUCCGCCCCCUUUGUGCAUCUGUCCUAAUCAUGCAUGACCUUAACCUUUUGCUUAGCCCUUACCAUAUGCCAUAGGCAGCAGUGAAUGGCACCAGCAGACACUGUGAUUUUUUGUCUAAUGUUACCAAGAAACCAUGUUAGGGGAAGUGAAAAGGCAAGUCACAAUCCCAUAAUUCCUUCCAUGUUUAAGGGUAGCUAGAGGAAAAGUAAUGAAGGAGCCACAGUGCCCUUUGGGGACCAGGCUGUUUGCAUGGAGUGGGGCGGUGAUGUCGCCUCCAUCCUGGCAGCUUUUAAUCAUGUUCUGGGAUGCACAGCCUCAAACUGCACGUGUAACUUCUCAGAGUGUGUAGAAUGCCCAACUAUUUGGAAUUUGGUGGAAAAUUACUGGAAGCCUUGACAAUGAAAAGGUAGCAGCCUUUAACAUUUCGUUGCAAAUAUCCGUCCAUGCCAGGUCGCUUUCCCUAGGCAAACACCACUCCAGGGCUGCCUGCAGCCGAGGCCGCCAAGGGACACGGUGCAGGCAGGAGUUCAAGUGUUUACCCAGAUUGAUAAGCAGCCCAGAGUUAUUUUGGGACCUGGCUUGCUGUUCUCUGCUUCCUAUCACCAAAGCCUCAUUUUUCCCAACCUCAGUGUUAUUGAAGUUAAUUUGGAGAAAUGCUCAGUCAUUUGUCUGUGCCCAACCAAGGCAGCUCAGAUUAGCUGAACAAGAUUUCUGUUGCAUCCCAGCCCUGUCUGUCCCAGGGCUUUGUUCUUCCUGAGCAGGCAUUUGUUGUUACAGCUUCUUGCAGGCCUCGUUGGCUGGCCACCUCCUACCUGUCGGGCCCCACCUCUGCCCACCCUCAGCUCUGGAGCUUUCCCACAGCCGUUUCCAGGGGAGCUCUGAAGUGACAAGAUUGCCUUGAGGCCGCCAGGGACUACCGUCUGUCCCCAUUCCUCCAACCACUUACCUUCCUCUGACUGCACUGAGAAUUACUAAUGAUUUCCCAAGAAAUUUGCUUACUUUUGUAUACUGUAUGUUUAAACAUUAGAAUUAACAUUUGGAUUGUUGGCUUUUCGCCAUAGAAUGUUCUAGUACAAAAUACCUGCCAGCUUUUUAGAUUUAAGCAUUGGUGUAUUGACCAACACUGGACAUUUGGACGUGUGUCUCUGGGGCUGGGGCGGGGAGGAGAGUGUGGAAAACAAAUACUGCUUGUUGAUGGGUGCUGAGACAGCUCCGGCGGCUCAGCUGGCUUGGAGAUUUAGGAUGUUCUGACUCUGGAAAGUCACCGCAGCCACCAUCGAACUCAAGUCAGGAAUCAGCGGGGUCAGCGUU